AUGAAGAAUUUUGCUUUAGGCCUUUUAUAUGUGUUACCAGAUACUUUGUUUAAUCGGUUUAAUGUUCAUUGGAAUCAAUAUUUGUGUUAUAUUUCCUACGUGUAUUUUUCACAAGUUCCUUUUUAUGUGUCAACUUAUGCCAUUGUGGUUAUAUCAAUUGACCGUGCUUAUGUUAUUAUUAAACCAUUGGCAGCUGCAUCUAAAGGAAAACAGUACCGUUAUGGACUUGCACUGUCGGCAUGGGUUAUUGGUUGCAUCCUAGCGAUACCUUAUGGGAUCCAAGGUAGAUUUAUUAAAAAAACAGGAGAGUGCAGACAUGAGUUGCCAAGUUUAGGAUUUGUAUAUUUCGAUUUAUGCACCAUUAUCAUUAUACCAGUCAUUGUAAUAAGUAUUUGUUACAUACUUAUUAUCGUCAAAAUACGGAGGAGAGAGACAUUUGGAAUUAUCAAAGUAAAACACAACCGAACAGGAGUAGAUGUCAACAGAAGUAUUCAGAUAACAGCUAUUUCAAAGGCAAAGAUCAAAACCAUAAAAUUACUGCUGGUAGUUGUUUUUGUAUAUAUAAUUUGUUGGGCACCAAUAACGAUUAAUUCGUUUUUGCUUAAUCUUAAAUAUAUUGAAAGCGGAACGUGGAGUAUAGUACUUUAUGUCCUUGCUCCAAUCAACAGCCUUGCUAAUCCAUUGGUAUUUUUGAUUUUUAAUCAAAAGAUGUUCCGAAGGAAGAGCAGAUGAUAUGUAAGAGGAGAUAACAGUAAGGAAUA